AUGAUCCGAGUGCUGCAUCAGGAUCUCGAUAUGUCGUUUGGUGUUGUCGCGCCGUUCCGAUCGGACCAUCCGAUCCUCCAAAACCUCGCGCCCACUACGAUAGCAAACACGACUAAGAAUAAUACUUUGGCGAUAUACAUUAGUGGAAGUUCUCUAUUGACGGAGUUGAGCCGCUUGAAUGAUGAGGCCGGCCAGUUAAUGCUGGGUUCUAGUGCCAAUUUAACAGGCACGGGCCAGAACUUCAGAGUGGAAGAUGUCGACUAUGAGAUCAAAGCAGCCUUCGGUAUCAUUGUGGACUAUGGUUUGCAGCGUUAUCAUAUUUAUGGAGGGCGCCCCUCUACCAUCAUCGACUUCGAGAACAUAAAGGUCCUCAGGAUGGGCUCUACUUAUGAGCUAUUGAAGGAGUGCAUGAUGAAGUACUGGGGGUGGAAACAUGCUGGCGGAUACGGUGUAUAA